AUGCCCCAUACUCGUUCACAGGGACCACCCGAAAUUUUUGCUUCAUCUGAACCCGAACGAGAGUUGUUUAAGCGUCUUAGCCAGCAUCAGAAGCGUAUUUGUAGGAUCACCGACAAAAAGGUACUCAUUCCUAUUCCUUUUCCUAAAGUUGCUAUGGGUGAUAAUCCUGCUAGACGCACUGUGAACCAGCAUGCCACUGAAGGCUUCACCGGAGGCCGAACUUCCAUCACGACACCCGAAGCACCCGCUAACCAGAAUUGGCAGAUCCCUUCCCAUAUCAUGACCACAAUUUCUAAUAGUGCUCAAUUCCACGGUCUGGAGGACGAGGAUGCACCAGGCCACAUCACCCGAUUCUUGCGUAUCUGUAGCACCUUCAAUCUUCAUGGUGUUACCGCUGAUGCAGUUUAUCUGCGCUUGUUUCCCUUUUCCCUUUCUGGUCGAGCUGCAACUUGGCUCGACACUUUGCCUCAAAAUUCUAUCACUACUUGGGAGAUUCUGAAAUCUAAAUUCUACAAGAAGUACUACCCUCCAUCCAAGGCCGCACGCCUUCGAGACCAGAUCCAUUCGUUCCGUAUGGAUCCCGAUGAGCCUUACUACAUGGCAUGGGAGCGAUUCCAAACCUUGCUUAGCAAGUGCCCCCAACAUGGUCUUUCUGAAUGGGCUCUAGUGGAGAAAUUUUAUAAUGGUCUCACUCCUGAUACUCAACUGAUGUUUAAUACUGCCGCUGGGGGUUGUAUAAUGGACAAAAAGGACCCAACUGAGUGUGAGGAAAUGUUUGAGAGUUUUGCUAUGGCCGGUCAGCAGAGCCAUCCUGCGAGGAAUUCCAUUCCUUCUACUAGGACCACCUCCUCUGCUAAAGGUGUGUAUCAGGUCACUCCUGACACUAGUUUGGCUGCUGAGUUAGAGGCUUUGAAGAGGGAGAUGAGGGAGAUGAAGUUGAAGGAUCGGAAGUGUGAGAUAUGUCGUGGAGGACAUGAGACAGCUGAUUGUUCCGUGAGAUCACAAGAAGAGGUCGACUACAUUUCCAACCCGAAUAAUCGUUUCCAAAAUGCUUCAUUUAAUAAUUCUUAUAAUUCGGGUUGGAAAAAUCAAUCCAACUGGAGGUCGGGAGGAAACCCGCCAGGGUUCCAACAGCAAUCUUCAAGUGGAUCAUCAUCUGGUACUGAGUUCAAGGAGCUGAAGGACAUUCUACUUGCUCAAAGUCAACAGCUGAACCAGUAUAUGACUUCGAAUAAUCAGCGACACGAGGAACACGAUCGUAUGUUUAAAAAUCAGGGAGCUUCGCUGCAGAAUUUGGAGAGGCAGAUCGGGGAGAUGGCGAGACAGUUACAGCAGAGGCCACAAGGUGGAUUACCGGGUAACACCGUUCCUAAUCCUAAUUCUCAUGCUCAUGCUAAAGCUGUCAUGACUCGGAGUGGCAGAGGGGCCACAGUUGAUCAACCGGUGGUAGAUGAAGAGCCGGUUGAUGAGGAGAUAGAGAUGGAGACUCCCACUGGCAAAGUGCAACCCAGGCUAGCCCCAGCAAGUACCGCACAGUCCAGUGAGUCUCAGAAGAAGAAGAAUGAGCCCGUUCGUGAUUAUUCAUCUAUUCCUUUUCCGGGCAGAUUUAAGAGAGAGAAGGAAGCGGAGCAGUUCUCAAGAUUCUUAGGUUUGUUUAAGCAGCUCCAUAUUAAUCUUCCUUUCGUAGAGGCUCUAGCGCAUAUGCCCAAGUAUGCCAAAUUCCUGAAGGACAUUCUUAGUAAUAAGAAGAAGUUAGAGGAGUUAUCACAUGUGUCCUUGAGUGAAGAGUGCUAG